CCUAAACCGAAAUUCAAGCCGAUAGGGAGGAAUACAGCGGAGGAGGAGGAGGAGGAAGAGAGAAGGAGGCGGGAAAAGGAACGUGAGAGGGAGAAGGAGCGACGGAGGAAGAUGAGGUGGGAUCGGAGGUCGCCUGCGCCUACGGCGGAGCAGAUCCAGCAGAAGAUCGAGGAGGAGAAGGGAGUUUUUGAUCGGACGCCGAUCAUCACGCCCGAGACUACGCCGAAGGUGACGGCGAAGGUCGGUAGUGUUGAGGCAGAGCGGGAGAGUGUCGAACUCACAGAGAGAAAAAGUGAACCGCCAAAGUCGGCUUAUGUUGUGCUUGACGUGGGGAAGAAGAAGAAAGAGGAUAUACUAGCUGCUAAGAACGACGAGGACGACGAUUCCGGAAGCGAUAUCUUUUCCGACGUGGGGACAGAUUACAAUCCUCUCUCUGACGACGGCGACAAAUCAAGUGAGGAGGAGGAGGAGAAUGUUGCUCCUAACAAAUCAUCGUCCAAGCGCACACGGCCGUCUGAAGAGGAAGAUGCGAGACCAGCGAAGAAACACGAUUACUUUGCGUUUUCAUCCAAGCCAUCGGUUGAAAAGUCAACUACUACCACCACCACCCCCACCCCCACCGCGACAUCUCAGCCGACUACGCCGUCCACGCACCCAUCAACGCAAAUGAUGGACCUAAUCCAAACCGCCGACCUAACAGCGAUGGCCAAGAACGUGCGAGCGCAAAAGGAAGAGUCGAAAAGGCAGGGUCUGGUGCCGCUGCAGGCGAUGGGCGGGGACUACGAUAUCGACGAUGAUCUCGGGGGCGAGGGACGGUGGAUCGAGGAUGAUGAGGAGGAUUUUAUUGGGAAGAAGGGGCCGAAGGGGAAGGGGGGGAAGAAGCGGAAGCGCUGAUGAUUUUUAUGAAUGUAUGAUACUAACAGUUGAGAUGUGUAAUGAGAUGAAAUAGACUGAGGAUCUGAUAAAUUGCACUAAGAGCUAAGGCGUCCAGAGGGAUGCAGACCAGAUCAACGCGAUUGCUCGAGCAGCGCUGGUGGCCCUGUCCGUCCAACCACUCAAUUGACUUGUUCUACAAUUGAAUAACAAAAGAAUAAACAACUCUUCUACUGAUUAUAUUCUGAAAAGCAGAUAAAAGACCUCUACAGCAGAAAGCACAGUGAACAGAUCACUUACCCUACCUCCUCGCGGCCACGUAGUCCCUCGUCUGCCGCGCACGCAAAC